GCUGGCUGCUUUCUGUGGACAAGGACAAACCGUCACUGCCAGUCUGUUUCUGACCCGAAGGUCCAACAUGGCGAGGCUGCUGAGGUUAAACGUCAGGAGUUUUGUCACAUCUCAGCUGAGAAUGUCCUCCGAUCAGCUGGGCGAGCUGGGUAAAGGUGCAGGAAAAGGCGGAGGCGGCGGCGGCUCCAUCAGGGAGGCGGGCGGCGCCAUGGGGAAGAAGCAAGCUGCUGAGGAGGAAAUGUAUUUCAAACGUAAAGAGCAGGAGCAGCUGGCGGCCCUGAAGCAGCAUCACCUGGAAGAAAUCGAUCACCACAAGAAGGAGAUCGAACGCCUGCAGCGCGAGAUUGAUCGCCACAAGGGAAAGAUCAGGAAGCUGAAACACGACGACUAAGUGAAACUGUCCAAAAAAAAAAUAUUAUUCUCCUUUGCCUUUAUUCAUAACACCUGUUGCUGCAUGCAUUUACUGGGCAGGACAUGAAUGUGUGGAAGUUGCUGAAAGUCAUCAAAUCUCCUCAUCUACUGGUAUUUUGGUUGUUUGCUGCAGUAACAAUCUGCAAUUUCUGACUGAAGUUCAUCAGUGCAUUUUAUGCUUCAGGUCACAAACUGUCAAGAAGUACAGUUAAAGCUGCGUUUGUCAACAUGAGCUUUUUUCACAAUUUAAAUAGAUAAAAUUGUGCAUUAAACUGCAAGUUGGAAUCACUGAAA